AGUUCUGCUCUUAUCUGAGGCUGUAGUGGGUUAUAACAGAUGUUUAAGCAUGUAGACAACGUAACUGCGUAUUAGCUCACCCUCACCUUUAGUUUAUUACCUUUUGUGUUUACAGUUUGUCAAGCUUUCUUUUACAUAUCCAUCAAUGUCUGAAGAAGUUACUUAUGCUGAUAUAAAAUUUCAGGACUCCGGUCAGACAAAAGACGCCCCAAAGUUUGACAAUUUGGAGAGAAAAGCAACCCCUGCUCCUUCUCAUGUGUGGCGUCAAACAGCAUUGGCUCUCACUCUUCUCUGCCUUCUCCUGCUGAUUGGAUUGGGAGUCUUAGGAAGCAUGUUUUACAUAACCUCGAAGGCAGAAAUGGAAAAAUCAAAUAAACUGCAAAGUAUCAAAGAAGAACUUGAGAGAAAUGUUUCUCUACAACUGGUGAGUAACAUGAAUAUCUCCAAGAAGAUCAUGAAUCUCUCCACCACAAUGCAAGAAAUAGCCACCAAAUUAUGCUAUGAGCUAUACAGAAGACAAACAGAGCACAAGUGUAAACCUUGUCCAGAGAAAUGGAAGUGGCAUGAGAACAACUGCUUUGGCCUACUUGAUGAGCAGCUGACAUGGCAAGAGAGCGAAAAGUUGUGUUCUGCUGAAAACGCCAGCCUGUUGAAGAUUAAGAACCAAAGUAUUUUGGAAUUUGUAAAAUCCCAGUAUUUAUAUGGGUAUUGGCUGGGAUUAUCUCCCAGAAAAGAUCCCACACACUAUGAGAAUUUGGAUGAGACAAUUAUCUCCGCUAACUGGUAUAUAAGAAACACAGACGACUUAAACAAUAAGAUAUGGUGUGGAUAUAUAGAAAAACCAUAUAUUUAUUAUGGUUACUGUACUAGUAGGAAAAAACCUAUAUGUGAGAAGUUGGCCAAUCCAGUGAAGAUUGAAGAUGCACUAAUGAUUUGAAGAGUAUAGUUAGUUAUUUUUGCCUUAGUCAAUAUCCUUUAAUUGAAGGCAACUUUAGGGAGUAUGCAUGUCCUGGAUACACACAAGGAAUAAAGAUGCUGUGAGACUAAA